AUGGCUGAAGUAGAGGUGAGUAAGGUGUUUUAUUGCGGUAUCUGUACCUUCCCACCUGAAUACUGUGAAUUCGGUGCCACUUUUAAAAAGUGUAAGUUCUGGUUAGAAGAGAACAACAGACAACUUUUCGAUCAAUUAUACUCCGAUGAUGCUUUAGCUAAUGCCACUUCAUCUUUAUCAUUAGAGAAACAAGAAAAGAUUGAUAAGGACUUACAAAAGAAACAAGCCAAGGAGGAAGCUAAACAAGAGAGAGAAUUACAAAAAAAAUUGGCCUCCAAAGUUGUUUUGAAAAGAAUUGAAAGAACAAAGAGAAAACAUGCCAUUGCUAUAUCUGGGUUAGAAGUUUUCGAAAUUGAUAUGAAGAAAUUGGCUAAAACAUUCGCAUCUAAAUUUGCCACUGGUUGUUCAGUAACCAAGAAUGCUGAAAAGAAGGAAGAGAUUAUUGUUCAAGGUGAUGUUGGUGAUGCUGUUGAAGAGUACAUUUCUGGAUUAUUGAAAGAAAAGGGAUUAACAGACAUCAAAGUUGAACAAAUCGAGGAGAAAAAGAAGAAGAAGGCACCACCAGCAAUUCCACCUCAAUAG